AUGGCAACCUUACAAAUUGAGAACCUAUUCUCUGUGAAGGGCAAAAUAGCUCUAGUUACUGGAGGAGGAACUGGCCUUGGCAAAAUAAUGGCGCAAGCUCUAGUGCAGAAUGGAGCCAAAGUCUACAUUGCCAGUAGAAAGCAAAAGAACAUUGAGGCGGCAGCUGCUGAACUGAACUCAUUGGGACCGGGUCAAUGUAUCGGUCUGGCUGCUGAUUUGUCUACAAAGGCUAAUUGCUAUGCAUUGGCUGCCGAAAUGGCCAAAAGAGAAUCGAAAUUGGAUAUACUCAUCAACAAUAGUGGUUUGGCUUGGGCGGGAACGAUAGAAAAGUAUGCUGAAGCAGGAUGGGACAAACUGGUCGCUCUGAACGUAAAAUCCGUGUUUUACAUGACAGUAGCCCUAUUACCACUCCUUGAGAAGGGAGCUCACGGAAACAUAGAUCCGAGCCGAGUCAUCAACAUCACUUCCAUGAAUGGAGUGAACAAUCAAGCCGAAAACACAACAGCUGGCGAAAACGAAGGAACAUGGUCUUACAACGCAACAAAAGCAGCUGCCGACCACCUGACACGUAUCUUGUCAGUGACACUAGCAGGUCGUUAUAUAACAUGUAACGCCAUUGCGCCAGGUAUCUUCCCCACGAAUAUGACCAGUUACGGGAUGAGUAUGAAUCACGGCAAGAUGUUGAGUGAUCAGCCUAUGGGUAGAUUGGGAUCACCUUUUGAUUUGGGAGGUUUGGCAUUAUACCUUUCGUCUAAAGCUUCAGCACAUUUGACUGGACAGAUUAUUCAGAUUGCUGGUGGACAGGAAUUGUUGAGUUCUGCUGCCGCUCGCUUAUAA